UGUAUCAGCAUAUGAGAGAGAGAGAGAGAGAGAGAUCACCAGUAUGGCCACCCUAAAAGUUUCAACUCUUCUAUUUUCUUCUUCUUCAUCUUCAAGCCCUUUAUCUUGUUCUUCAAACAGAAUAAAUGCCGCCACACAUAAUUCAAAGCUUAGAAGAGCUUGUAUUUCCAGUUCAAAUCUUCCAACCAAAAACUUGGUACAUGAAUUCAAUAUAAAAAAUGGAAUAUUCGCAACCACAACCACAAUCACAAACACAAUCCUAUCUAAAAGCGAUGAAACAACUUGCCCGACAAUAGUCGAUGAACCACCUCCACUGUCCACUGACAUUUCCACUGCCAAGCUUUAUGCAAUCUUAGAAGCCAUAGCUGACAGAGUAGAAAUGCACAAAACCAUCGGUGAACAGAGAGACAACUGGAACGCCCUUCUUCUGAGCUCUAUCAACACAAUCACUCUCUCUGCCGCGACCAUGGCAGGACUUGCAGCAAGCAAUACUAUUGCUGCCAUUGGAGUGCCACUUUUUGCUUUUAAAUUGUCAUCAACACUCUUGUUUUGUGCAGCCACAGGGAUGUUGAUGGUGAUGAACAAGCUCCAACCAUCACAACUUGCUGAAGAACAGCGCAGCGCUGCCCGGUUGUUUAAGCAAAUCUAUGGAGAAAUUGAAAUCAUUCUGGCUCUUCGCGACGUCAAUCAAAAUGAUGUCAAUGAGGCAAUGGAGAAGGUUUUGGCACUUGACAAAGCAUACCCACUUCCCUUACUUGGAGUCAUGCUUGAAAAGUUUCCUUUAACAUUUGAGCCUGCUAUUUGGUGGCCAUCAAAACAUGCCCAAAAUGAAAGAAAAGUAUAUGAAGAAAGAGAGGUUAAUUGGGAGAAGAGAGAGAGAAAUGGAUGGAGUGAGGAGAUGGAAGUGGAAAUGAAGGAGAUUGUUGAAGUAUUGAAGAGAAAAGACAUUGUAGACUAUGUGAGAUUAGGUAACUUGGUGUUAAAGAUUAACAAAAUAUUGGCCAUUUCAAGCCCUAUUCUCACUGGUGUUGCAGCUGUUGGGGCAUCUUUUUCUCAUGGACCAGUGGCGGUUGUUGCCGCAGCUUUAGCAAGUGUAGUUAACACAAUAGAGCAUGGAGGGCAAGUUGGGAUGGUGUUUGAGAUGUACAGAAACUCUUCAGGCUUCUUUGGACUUUUGCAGGAAUCAAUUGAAUCCACACUUGAGAGAGAAGUGGAAAAGAGAGAAAAUGGAGAACUGUUUGAGAUGAAGGUGGGUUUGAAGUUGGGAAGAAGCUUAUCAGAGCUUAGAGACCUUGCUUCCUCAUCAGCCUCGUCGCAUAUAGAUGGAAACUCCAUUGAUGAAUUUGCAAGCAAGCUCUUCUGAUUGUGAAUACAUAUACUUUUUAUUUUUUAUUUUCUAUUUUAGAAGUUGUUGUAUAUAAUGUAUAGUUAUGUGAAAGGAUAGCUUCACGUUGUUUUGGAAAGUAGGUUAAAGGUUGGUUCUUUAAUUUUUUUUAAGUGUGUAAAAAAAUAAAGGAAUGAUAUAAAAUCAAAAAAUCAAAAAAACUGGUUUUAAUCUCUUUGUCAAAGGAAGCUGUUGUUAACCUCUU